UUUUUAAAUUUGAAUUUUUUGUGUGGAUUUGUACGAAAUCUGACCUUUUAGACCACCACGCAGAGGCUUUUGUGCUUUAAAGAUUUGCAGCACUAAAUUUUGGAUUCCAAUUGCGGAAAUGAACAAUUAUGGAAAAGCUUGAAAUUAAUCAUCAGUAGGUGUGAAAACUGAAAAUCGACAAUAAACAUUUUAAAAGUUGUGGAAAUUUUUUAGUAGAAAUUUUUGGGGAGAACAACGAGAAAUUGAAGUUUUGGGUACAACAAUGGAAAGUGUAUCGCACAAAGAGGAGUAAUUUCGCGCUUCAGGAAUCAGAUUUUGGAUCGAAAUUGGAAGUUCGGAAAUCAACAUUCAUUUUGAAAUCGACAAGUUUGUAGGCCGGUCAAGUGCAGUUUGUUUUUAACACAAAUUUCCUACGGACGGGAAAACGAUUAAAGUGCGAAGGCGUUGCAAUAUAGCAAUAACUAUCUGUUCUUUGUCCAAAACUGACAACUUUUAGGAGUGCAAAUUUGCUUUGUUAUACAAAACGCAGAAAAUCGUCGUGCUUCAGCUUGGAAUUUUCCGAGGUUAUAAAUUGCUACAUUUUGGAACGUUUAAACCAAUAAGGAACGAAUAUACGAACAAUAGUAUUCGAAAGAACUAUUCUUUGUUGAGUUUCAGUUUGUUCCAAAUCGAAAUAAAGAGCUUAGAAAUUUGGAAAUUGCACUCGGAAAUCGAUAGUGCGCACAGUCAAAAUAAUUUGAUUAAUGACUGAUUUGGCCAAAAUACUUGGCCUAUAUUUCGAAAAGUGUAUUAAGUGUUGCAAGUGUAACAGUAGACAUGUUUUUGUCGAAAAAUCGCAGGAAAUCGGCGAAAAAGGCAAAGCAGCGAGAUACAGAUUUGUCGAUAAAAGUAUGUAAACAAAAAAUAAUAACAAACUCGCGAAUGAUCGCUGGCUCAGAGGCUACAAUAUUGAAUUCUGAUCAAAGAUCAAGUCACAAUCAAAACAAGUCGGACUCGAAUCCUGUUGAACAAAGCAUCUAUACCGAACCAAUAUCAAGCAAUGUUUUUGGAUCGAGUACGAGUAAUACUAUAUCGGACUCGAAUGGAGAAAUUACUUGUGGAGAAAAUCUAAACAGACGCACUUAUUCACUAGAGCAAGUUUCAAAAUCUUUGGAUCAAGUUAUGGCAUCUGGGAAAGCAUUACUUGAUGCCCUUGCAUCGGUGAAUGGCACACAGCUUAAAAACAUCGAGGGAAAUACGUUAACUACAAAUGCAUCAGCAACUAGCCGUACAGAUUUGACAAAACGCGGGACGUAUGACCUUGACGAGUUUUCAAAUUUGCUAGACGCGUCUGUCAAUAAUGACAGCCCCUUGGAGUCAAGUUCGAACGAUAUUUCACAAGAUUAUUCAAAAGCUGACCUUUCUAACUCAAGUAUAAAGCGAAGUACGUACGAUUUGGAUGCUGUGUCGUCGAAAUUAGACCAAAGUUUUGAACAAAACACUUGUCUCGAGGAGAUGUUAUUGGAAUUGAGCUUGGAUAGCACGCAAAACGAUUCUAGUGGAAAGUUAAAACGAGCCACAUAUGACCUUGAAAAUGUAGAAACUGCAUUAAACGAGAGUUUAAAUUCUGAUAACAACAAGCAAGAGUCUUUAGAAGAAGCUGACGAUGAUUGUAGUCUGAUGUUUAAUCAAAACAGAAGGGGUACCUAUGAUCUAAGUGAUGUGUCAGAUCAACAAGAUUAUAAUAUAGAUACUUCAACGCUGUCUGAAAAGUCAGACCAAAAUACCAGCUGCGAACAAGCUAUUUCGGUAAGAAGAGGUACAUAUAAUCUCAGUGAUGUUUCUGACUUGCUCGAUGGUAGCGUAAAUUCUGGGAAAAGCAUUGACGAAUCUUUGGGUGAAAUUUCAUUGAUGGAAUCUAAACGUCAGACAUAUGAUCUUUCUGAGUCUAAUCUGGCGUUUGCAGAACAAUCGAUAAUUGAAAAUAUUAGUGAUAAUAAUAAUACUAUGCCAGCAGAGUCAGAGAAACGGAAUACAUUUGUUCUUGAGGAUAGUAAUAAAUUGUCUGGACAAGGCAAUGUGGGCAACAAUUCUGAGAAAUUGUCAGAAAAUGGUUGCCAUGACAACGCUAAGCCUGUCGAUGGGGUGUUAGCUGAUUUAUGCCUCGAUGAGGGAGAUGGACGACGAGAGACAGAGUUAACCCCUGGUCAGUGGAUAGAGCAAAUGAAAGGACUAAAAGCACUCCCAACACUCCCAACUCUCUCACCCCUGAAACUCGCACUAGGUCCAAAGAAAGUUGAUGCCACUAAAGGAAACAGGGUUGUCAAAUCAUCGAAAAAACUUUCUGAUGUGACUGUGAUGAAACAACGAUCGCAAACUGUUUCCGGUAUCUUGUCCAGCUCUGAUUUGAGUUCACGGUCUGAAGUACGGUCAAGAUCAAUGUCUGAUUCAAAGGUCAGGGCCCAGUUGAAGUCAAGUUCCACUCCUGAUUUUUCCACAAACACCCCAAGUACAAAUAAAGUUUCCCGUUCCGAGAGUUUGGAAGAUAUAUCACCUGGUAUCCAGAAUUAUCUGGCUAACAAGCUCGGCCUUACUCAAGAGCAAUGUAUUGCUGUGCACCGUAGGAUGAGUUCAGAGUCGUCACCAGACAUUUCGAAGUUGGCAAAUCGUAAGACGUACAGUUUGGACGAUGUUGCUCACUCGUUAGAUAUAGCUACCAGUCAAGGGUUGCCAAUGACUAAAGUUUUAGACAACCUUGAUGGGACUGCGGACAAAAAUCAGAAUGAUACUAAUGUGAAAAAUACAGAACUAAAAUCCGAUGGUAAUUUGACCAACUUGCAAAAUCAGAACGAUACUAAUGUGAAAAAUACAGAACUAAAAUCCGAUGGUAAUUUGACCAACUUGCAAAAUGAAAAGCCUUCUUCUUCAGCGAACAAUGAUACAAGAAAUACUAAACCUCAAACACUUGAAUUGGAAUCUGAUGUUACUGACUUAAAGUUUCCAACAAGUUCCAAAACUCGCAUUCUGGGCAAUGGCAGCAGCUUUGUUGAAAGUCCAACUGGUAAAUCUCCAACGAUAGACAACCAGUUUAAACUGGUUCGAAAGAAAGCUGUUUACAAGCCGUCUGCAAUGCUUCAAAGUUUUUCUCAUCUUUUGGGAGGAAAAGGCAGCCAGGCGCCACUCCGGAGAAGCAGGGGAAAGAUGGAUCCAUCGAAACGGAAUACAUAUACAUUGGAAAGCGUUGCAGAGAGUUUGGAGAAAGCUCAAGAUGCAGGAGUGCCAAUGUUGGAUGCCUUGAAGAGAUUGUCAGGUAUGAACAAAAUCAUCUCUGAAUGACUUCAUAAAAUAGUGUAGAAAAUAAUGUACAAAAUCAUUAUCUCCUAAUAACUUCAUAUUAAAAUAGUGUAGAAAACAGACUCUGAACAAAAUUUCUAUCACUGAAUUUGACAUUUGUGUCUCAUCAUUUUCAAAUCACAAGAUAGAACUUGUAUUCAGGUCCGUUUUGUACCAUGUUGUGCUACUGAACUUUUGUGAUUGACAUAGAAUGUUAAGAAUUAUAGGGAAGUGCCCUUGUUUAUCCAAUACCUGGUGCCUGUAACUGAACAUGUUCCCAAAAAGUUCCCGAACUUUUGAAGGUUGAAAAUCUCAACUGCAUCUCCAAAUAUGGAUACGAACAUUGCUCAAAGCAAUACAUCCUUCAGGAAAGUACAUAACUUUGGCUAUGUGACCUUGUAAAAAGUUAAGUGCGACUAACCUCUAAUAUGAUUUAUAGUAUGUGUAAUAUUUGGGUCAUUCGAAGAAGAAAUGUAAUGUAUCAUAAUAAUAAAAAAUCCUAUCUUGAUCAACUUUUUCACUGUCAAAGUUUCCGGAUAUGAUGUCAUUAGGUGAAUUGCAAAUUAGUUUUCCUUUGUUCUUUGUACCAAAAUUCACCUAAUGACAUCAUAUCCGGAACUUUGACAGUGAAAAAGUUGAUCAAGAUGGGAUAUUUUCCUAUAAAGAUACAUUACAUUUUUUCUCAGAAUGACCCAAAUAUUACACCUAGCAAAAAUUAUAUUUGGGGUUAGUCGCACUUUAAAGCCUGUGUCUUGGCUAGAUAGCAAAGGAGUUGUACCUUCCGGAAGUAUGUAUUGUGGGAUCUUAUCAAGUUUUAAUAAUUUAGUGCCAGGCACCAAGUUAUUUAUGCAUCCACUGUUUCUCAAUUCAUUCCUCUAUUAACCCUGUAAUGCACCCUGAUGCAUCCUACUUUAUUUUUUUACUCUACCUAACGCCAGACGAUUUCACUCAUCAAGGGAAGAGUGGGUUAAUGAUUAUUUCAUUGUUUCCAGGGUCAUGUCAAGGUGUGCCAUCAGAUCUACCUGAUGAGAAACGCAAGACCUAUGACCUUGAAGACCUCUCAAACACCCUAGAAACCGCAUCGGCAGCUGGCGUACCCAUAGCCGAUACCCUCCGAACAAUUGCUGACCCUUCGGGCUUACCCGCACCCGGUACAGACGAAGUCUUUGAGACGCCAAAACCACAAGAUCUUCAAAGCCCAAAACCCCAACCAAAGAGAAAGCCACCGCCAAAGCCGAAAAGGACUUUCAGUAACUCAAGUAAACCCGAAAUUAAGUUUGUCUCAGAUUCAUUUGUGAUCGAGUAUUAUACUUCACCACAUAAACGAAGCCAGUCUGAUAGUGCGGUACAAGUUGGGAUAUCUAAGAGCCAGGAGAAUUAUGUUGAAAGCCAGGAGAAGUAUUCUGACAAAGCACAAGAAAAAUACAACAACAAGCCCGAGGAGAAUUAUUAUAUCAACCAAAGUACUGUAGAUGAUACUCUUGAUGGAAAGUCAAUUUCACCCUCAAAUAAAAGCCAGUCUGGUAAGGGUAAGGGUGAAAUCCAGGGUAGCAGGGUUCAAUCGCCACAUUUCAGAAAUGCUGAAGGUAAAAAACCGACCACGAAAGUUGUAAGUGAUUUGGACAGUUUGCUCUUGAAGUUAGCAGCCGAAGUUCACAAACCAACAAAUGUUGAUUCUUCUAACAUUGGAAUAAAUGUCGAACCUAGUUCAAAUAGACCCACGACUGAUGUACUUUCCAACACGAA